GCUCCCUCAAUUCGCCCCUCCCCACCCUCCGGCUCCUUGGCCGGGGCUGUCUCCCUCACUUGCCUGAUUUCCCUGCCGAAGACUGGCUAGAAGGGUUCCCCAGGGCUCACCCCCCGCUGGGGAGUGGAACAGCUGGGGGAGAGGAAGAGUCACAUGUAUGAGGGGGAGGAAAACCAGUGGGGAAAGGUUUGGGGAAAUGUGGCAAUGAUGGGAGAAGACAAACUGGAGCAGGGAAAGGAGCAAAGGGGGCGGAGGUGGAAAUGACUAAGAAAGAACACCUGAGGGAGAGAAAAGGGAUGGUAGAGUAAAGGAAACAGUACUGAAAAGAGGAGAGAUGCAGGGUGUGGGAUUCCUGGUAUCCGAAAGAGAAGGAAUUCCCAAAAGAAGAAAAACUAUUUGGAUCAAGGAUAAGAGAGUGCAAAUGAGGGAAAGACAAGGUUUCUCAAGGAUGAGGCGGAUCUCGUUUCUGCCACGUUUAAAUCAGACCCGUCCGUUUGCGCCAGCUGAGCCUCAAGACAGGAACUGGAUCCCCCAAGGAAGCCCCUGUUCGAAUUCCCUUUACUCCCUCAUGCAAUUGACAAAGUGAGCCGAGGUUGCCACCCCCGCUUCCCGCGUGGAUUUCGGAGAGGAGCUUCGGCAGGACUCCCCACGCGGGCUACGGGCGCGGGCAAGGGAGGCCCACGGUCCGGGGCGCGUAGUGUCUGUUGGGUCGGGUUGGGGGAGGGGACGCUCGCCUAUUCCGAGAAAGGUGCUUUGUGGGGAGUCGGAGCUGAAUGUAACCUCUAAGGUACCCGGCUGAGAAGGUCCCACCUGCUGGGAAUGGGGGUAGUAACGAACCCUGCCAAUUGAGGAGGGGGAAAGGCCCGGACAGGUGAGGGGAGAAGACCACUCCCGAAGGGUUGGGGGGGGCAGGGCACCGCCAGGUGAGGUGAGAGGACUCUUCUAAGUAAAGGCGGGGAUCCCGCCAAGUAAGACUGGAGGGCUUGUCAGGUGAAAAGAACUGUCCAGAAGAGAAGGAAGAUCCUGUCAGGUGAAAAGGCCAAGGCCCCUCCAGGUGAGAGGCGGCCGCUCGCUGGGGCGGGGGGGAGGGGAGCUGUGCCCGAGCCGCCGGGAGGCGCCGCCCCUCGGCCCGGUCCUCGCCGCGCCGCGCCGCCGCGGCUCCUCCUCUGGCUCCUCCCUCCUUCCUGCUCAACCCGCCGGGACCGAGAUAUGGGGCUCACCCCCGGGGCCGCCCUCGCCACCUGAGGAGCCCGGAAGCUGCCCUCGCCGCGCCAUGGAAGAGGACGAGGAACUGGAGAGGAAGGCAAUAGAAGAACUUCUUAAGGAAGCUAAACGGGGAAAAACCAGAGCAGAGACAAUGGGGCCUAUGGGGUGGAUGAAGUGUCCUCUUGCUGGUACAAAUAAAAGAUUUCUGCUUAAUACAAUUAAGAAUACAUUACCCUCUCAGAAGGAGCAAGAGCAGGAGCAGAAGGAAGACAAUAAGGAACCUGAGCCAAGUCAGAACCGGAAAGAAGAAAACCCAAAGAAACACAGAACUCAUCCGUACAAACACAACUUCCAGUCUCGGAGAAGAGUUAGUUAUUCUCCUCCAAGGAAGCGGAACACCCAGGAAAAGUAUGAAAAGCAAUCUAACAAACGAUGAGGCAGGCACUGAAGAAUAGGCAAGACUGUUACAAGCAAUGAAUGUCAUUACAUUUUGGACUGGGAAAGUGUUUAACUUUCUUUAAAUGGAGAAGGUUAUUCAGUGCAGGUCUUUAGCAGGGAAGACAGCUAAGAAAAACAUUACAGUAGGUAGAUAUUUUGUUGUGGUUUUUAAAGAGUCUGUUGGUCAAAAACAAAAAUGAUCUAGUAAUUUUUCCUUUUGAAAAUUAAUCCUAAGGGUAAAAGUCUUGACAUGUUUAUCAUAUUUCAGUAAUGUGUAUACAUUUGUUAUUGCACCUUCUUUCGAAAGUUAGUUUGGAAAUAAACAAGUCUAGAGUUAGAUUUUAAGUUGUUCAGAGAUUGUUCAAACUAGUUUAAAAAAAAUAUCUGUUGUGUUUCAAUUGUGGUCAAUUUUCAGAGUUGAGAGCAAAAUUGAAACCUUUAAUUCUGUGUUUUAGUUUGGGAUAUCAAAUUUAGUAUGUUCAAGAAGCUAGACAGCAGUAAUCUUCUGACUGUGGAGUAAAUUAUUUAUAAAACCUCCCUCUAGCCUUCAAGGGUUAAAGUUUAUCAAGAAAUUUGUUAACAUCUCUAGCACUUAUUUUUGCUUAGAUAAACAAUGUAAUGGCUUUGAAUUUAUUACCGAAGAUAAAUUAAUGGAGAUGAACAAUUGAUCUCCUUGUUCCUCUCAUAGCAAACUGAUAUGUGUAAAAUGCAUUUUGUUUGUUUAGUUUUUUCUGAAUUUGAACUUUUCCCCAGAAGACAUAAAUUGGGAGGAAUAUAGUUUGGUGCUUUAGAAGUAACUCUCAUCAAUUAAACUAAUUACUUUGAUGUUGAGGAUUUUAUUCAGUUCUCUUUGUUUUUUUGUUUUUGUUUUUAGCUUAAAUCCCCUGGUAUAGAUAUCACCGUGCAAAGUUGUACCAGAAAUCUUUUUUAACAAAAAUGUGUUGGAUUUUCCCCCGGGGUGGUUGUAGGCAGGAUAUGAUGCUAAAUCUCACAGAGAGUCCCACUUCCAUCCCCACCCCCACCCCCAAACUCAGGACUACAUAACAAUGUACUCCUAGACCACAGAGAGGAGAGAAGAGUCUACUCCCUUCCCAAAUUUUCCAAGGCGGCUGGGCUUAUGCCUGGCUGCCCCCAGAUAAUCACUCAGCCACAGCCAUACUCCCAGCAGCCAAGAAAAGCUCUUUCUAUGCACUGAAAAUCAGCACAUUAGAAAGGCCAGCUCUGGGGUGUUGUAGAGGAGCCAGAGAAUGCCAUGACAAAAUUGCUCUAUCUUCCCCAGUGCUACCCCACCACACCUUCUUUGUGUACCCUGGGUCAUGCACCCAAACUUUUUUACGAAGCCCAAAUUUCUGUGUGAUAAGAAACCUGUGCAUAGAACUACUCCAAUAGGAGAAGGGAGGAAAAAAUUCCUUAUUCUUUCCUUCCCUCUCUUUAUCCUUACCCCCCAAUCAAAAAAAAAAAGUACCAAAGGGAGUCCCUCAUAACUUACCAACAGCUAAUUCUCACCCCCAUCAUACACAGAAAGAAGAACUGAGUUAAACUUAACUUUAUACAAAAGUUGUUAUGCUUAAAUGAUCUUAAUCUUUAUAUCUGUAUUAUUUGUGUUAAUUUAUUUUACUUUGAAAUAUUUUGUAUUUAAAUAUCUCUAGAAAAGUUAAGAAGUUGGGAUUUUUAGUAAAUUCUUGUUUUAAAUGAGUAAAAUUAAAGUUAAACUGUGUCAUUUUUGUGCCAUGUGUUUACUCCAUAAAUAAAUUGGGCAGUUUAAAUAUC